UAUAAUCCAUUCUAUUGUAGACAAGUAGUUGAGUUGAGUGCGAGAUAACGUGAAAACGUCCGGAGUGAGCUCGAGAGGGAGAUGGUAGUACUUUCAUCGCUAAGCUCAAACUCGUCGACGCUGGAAUCGGUGCAGAUCUUCCAGGAGUAGUUUUAGCCAUUGCUAGGCAGUGUUUGGACCUUUCAUUCUGUUGAGUACAAACAGCUAUCAACACAAGACUAGUAAUCGAGUUUAGUACGAGAUAACGGUAAAGCGCGCUGUGUGAGUCAGGGAAAUGGUAGUACUUUUCAACUUUCAGUUUUCUCGGUGGACUUUCUACAAACACCUUACGCCACGAAAAUCAAUAACGCUUUGUCAAUAUAAAUCCACAUCCAAUUUCUCCCAUUUCGUAACCGUAACCUUCCGCCAGAAAAUCCAAAUUAAUCUCUACGUCGACACACUUCUUCAAUGGAACAAGCGUAUGAACCUAACUGCAGUUAAAGAAGUGAACGAAGUCAUGGAAAGACACGUGGAAGACUCCCUUGCGAUUUUGCCUCCGUUAAGCGAUUCGCAUCGCAGUCACUGCAGCACUUCCAUAGACAAGCUCAAACUCGUCGACAUCGGAACCCGUGCAGGUCUUCCAGGAGUAAUUUUAGCCAUUGCUCGACCAGAUUGGGAUAUAAACUUGUUAGAGUCUAUGAAUAAGCUAUGCGUUUUCGUUGUUGGUGUUAUUGGUUCCUCCAAUAUUCAAAUGCUAAGAGGAAGAGCACAGAGUUUGGGGGAGAAUCUUUGCUUCAGAGAGAAGUUUGACAUUCCAGUAGCCAGGGCAGUUGCGGAGACCAGAAUAUUAGCUGAGUAUUGUCUUAUGUUGGUUCGUGUCGGUGGAUUGUUUAUUGCUGCCAAAGGUCAUGAUCCUGAGGACGAAGUUAUGAAAGCUGAAAGCGCACUCAAGAAAAUGGGUGCAUCAUUGUUGCAAGUAUGCUCAGGUUGUGUUUGAAGUGUAGAAGCAUCUUUAUAGAUUGUCUAAUAUCAUAUUAAAGGUUUCCUCAAUUGUAGUUCCCCAGUUAUAGAUGGCAAGACAAAGUAGUGGCUCUAAAUGCUAUAAGCAAGUUAUCAAGUGCAUCAAUAUGCUCGAAGCACAUCGAUAUGCUCAGAGCAUGGCAGGACAUGCAGUGGUGAAUUGAAUUGUCAGACACUUACCAUAUUUUAUUUUUAAUUAGAUAAAAAAAAUUAUAACUAUAUAUAUUUGAUGUAAUUGAUCUCAAAUUUCUCUAUAAAGAUGUUACAUAACUUUUAUCAAAUAAAUUAGCUAUUGAAGUUGCAUUUAAGA